ACUUUGGUAAAGAUCAUGAAUGACAAGUAACAUGUGUGUUAGUAUCAUAAAAUAAGUAAAGUAAUGUAUUCGUUAUUAAUUUCACGGGAUGCUGAUUUGUGUGUGUUUUUUUUUUAGGUAAUCAAUCAAUGCUGGCUGUUCUACACUUGGGGAAUAAUGGUCAGUUAAAUAAAAUUUCUACGUUUGCUGAGAAAUCCAGUCUCACUCUUUCUUGAGGGUAUUCAGGUUCAGUGAUUGGGUACAACAGCAAAUUGUUUGCAGAUACUUAAUGCACCAUUAAUUGAGGGGCCUAGAAUACACAGAAUAAACAAUAUUGAUAGCAGACAGUUGCUAUCAAUAUCAUAGACAAUUAGUAAAAUAGUAUUAUCCUAAUCCCAGAUUCGUAUCAAAAUCAAUCCAAUAAAAUACUGCACUAAAACAUAUUUUCACUUUUGAAGGAAAAUGGAACAGUACAUCCUCUAGGGGAUAACGAUAGAACUCAAUGGCUCUGGGACCAGGUUAUUAACAUGAAAACGAAACUUUUAUUAAGACUUUAGUAGUAGGCAUCAACUUAUAUCUUUGUUUAAAUUUUAAGUUUUCCAACAGACUUCAUAAAUUAAGUUUAUUUUUAAAAUCAUGUUUUUAUUCUUUUUGCUAAAUAAUAAUUAGAUGGUUCAUUGUUAUGUACUGUACCUUUGGCCUCCUAUGUAAUCAUUGGUAUUAUUAUGGGCACAAUAAAUAUUUUAUAGGAUUAUUAUGUUUACUUUUUUAAUUGAACUAUAUUUUUUAAAUGUUGGAGUUCUUAGUGUACAGAUAGGAUUAUGCAUUUGGUUUUCUGUUAUUCAUAAUUAAGAAAAGAAAGGACUUCGAAGACCUGUGGAAGUGGCAAUAAGGACGACGUUGAGCAUAUAUAAAGUCGGAAUUUGUAUAACUGCCCAGUUCACAUAAAGCAGUAUCUUCAGAAAAUUCAAAAUGGAAUACUCUUUCUUCGACUUCUUAGUCUAUUUUCUCGGACCGUUUCUCUUAUUCGGCUUAAGAUGGAUUUUAAACUCCAUACUGAAUGUAUUUUUACCACACCCAGAAACUUUACCAUCGCCGAGAAAAAUCCAACCAGAAAUAAAGCUACCGUUAUCACCAAUCAAAGAAGAAGCCAGUUUUUUGCAUGAAGAUGCUGGCUUUUUACCCGAUGGAAACAAUUCCAUGAACAACCCGGAUGAAAUAACAAGUGAACUGCCGGCUACUUUGGUGACAGCUGAAUUAAAAAGGAUAAAACUUCUGCGAGAGCCGGUAGAAAAUGCUGAAAAAAAGCUCCUACAACUGGAAGCCGCAUUCGACGCUGAGAAAUCCACUUUAAUGCAAUCGGUUCACACGUUUAAAUUAACCCUCUUGUCUGUCGAGAAAAAACACUCAACCGUUAACCAGCAAUUAAAAGAGACUUUCACCAGAGACAUUAUGGAACUGACAAGUUUGAAUGAACGUGUUCAAGCGGCACUGAAAUUGUCAGAAAAAAAAGAGCAAAAACUAGAAGAAAUGUUACGAAAAUCCAGACAAGAGACAGCAGCAUUAAGAAAAGAAAUGUUACAUGCACAUGCCGAUCAAAAGUCUCACUCAAAACAACAUAAACAACUUGAAUCCGUUGUUGAAGAAGCAAAGAAUGAGCUCGAGCAAUUAAAAGAGACUUUCGCCAAAGAGACAACGGAACUAAAAGCUUCGAUAGAAGAUGAUCAAGCGGCAUUAAAAUUGGCAGAGAAAAGAGAGCGAGAGCUGGAAAACAUGCUAGGAAAAGCCACGCAGGAAGCAGAAGCAUUAAGGACAGAAAUGUUCCAUGCACUUGCCAACCAACAAGCUCUUUAUGAAGAAAAAGAAAAACACCUGAACUUGGUUGCCGAACAAGCGAAGCGUCAGCUUAUGGAAGUAAGACAUACCACCCAAGAAGAAAUCAUGGAACUCAAAGUGUCAAAUCAUAAUUAUGAAGCGGCACUGAAAUUGGCGGAGGAAAGACAACAAGAACUGGAAGACUUGUUAGGACAAGCCACGCAGGAAGCAAAAGCAUUAAGGGCAGAAAUGUCAAAUGCACUUGCCAACCAACAAGCUCUUUAUGAAGAAAAAGAAAAACACCAGAACUUGGUUGCCGAACAAGCGAAGCGUCAGCUUAUGAAAGUAAGAUAUACCACCCAAGAAGAAAUAAUGGAACUCAAAAUGUCAAUUCAUAAUAAUGAAGCGGCAAUGAAAAUGGCAGAGGAAAGACAACGAGAACUGGAAGACUUGUUAGGACAAGCCACGCAGGAAGCAAAAGCAUUAAGGGCAGAAAUGUCCCACAAACUUGCCAACCAACAAGCUCUUUAUGAAGAAAAAGAAAAACACCUGAAGUCGGCUGCCGAACAAGCGAAGCGCCAGCUUACAGAGUUUAAGCAAACCACCCAAGAAAAUAUGCUGGAACAAAAAAUUUCAAACCACAGAAAUGAAGCGGCGUUGAAAUUGGCUGAGGAGAAAGUUAAGGAGGUGGAAGAAAUUUCGUUGAAACGGGAACAAGCAGCAAAACAACUGGCAAACGAACAGGCCGCAGCUUUGACCGAAGCAAUUGAUACACUGCAAGUAGCAGUUAAGCACGCCAGGGACGAAGUUUUAGGCGAAACCUACGAAUCUGAAUUGGAUGAGGAACCCGUACGAAAAAAUGAAACCUUAGAGGAGUGGUUGAUAAAGCAUGGUAUAUUAACCAGAGUGCCUCCAAAGACUUGGAUGCAGCUUUUAGAACAUACCGGAUUCUUGAUGGAGGAAAAGGCUAAAAAUUUAAAGUCCAAAGCAGAAAUGCUCUUCCAUAAUAACCCGGAUCCUGCCAAAACAGAAUAAAUGGACUUCCCUAAAUUUUUCAAAGAAGUCUCUUUGAACUGCGAGAAGCAGAAAUGCUUAACUCUCGGAACUGCAGAUAACCCAGUAACUAUAGCCAUUCCUUCUGUUGAAGAAUUGAAUUGAGAUUCAUUAAAAGUAUUUCCCGGCAUUCUCUCCAUUCGUUAAACAUUUUCGUUAAAAGUGCUUACAACUCCCACGCUUCCUUCUAUUUGUAGCUCUUUGGCUUUAAGGCAGAUGAGUGUUGCCGCUAGGGCUCUCACGAUGACAAUUUAAACGCUAGACCUCAGUUUUCUUUCUUUAAAAAUGUUUUCCCCAAUAAUUAAGUUCUCUGUAUAAUACUACAGUAGGGGUAAUAGAGCUCAUUGAAUACAUGUUUUAAUAAAAAUAAUUACUUGAAAAAAGUGUUACUUGUUUAUCAAACUCAAGGCCUAUGCCUUCGGCGGAUGCUGAGUUGCACGGCUUUCAACUUUCAAGUUUGGUUUCAAAGUCUAGACAUCUAGCAGAGAAAUAACUAACUCCAUAGAAUUUUUAUGGGCAUGUCAGCUAUCCCAUCAGCUGUUCCAUUUCGCGUGGCUUCUGACUGAGGAUGGAUGCUAAAACGUUCGUGUCUCCUCUUGAAAUUCAGGAUGUAUGCUUAAGAAACCGUCUCUCUUCCUGAAAUUUCACCACCGAUUCCGUGUAUAUUUAGUUGCAUCUUUGAAUUCAAUCAAUGCAGAGUUGUCACAGGAGGAGCUUGGCAUGGCUUUGCCAACACGUUUUCAUUCCUUUAGUCUAAUACACCCAAUUUGUACCAAAGGUGAUAAGAUAAGAAAGUGGUUCUAUAUAAUAUUUUUCUCUAUCUAGAUCUCGUUAGAAAACGUCUAGUGAUCUCGUAGAAAACGUUUGUGUCUCCUCUUGAAAUUCAGGAUGUAUGCUUAAACAACCGUCUCUCUUCCUGAAAUUUCACCACCGAUUCCGUGUAUAUUUAGUUGCAUCUUUGAAUUCAAUCAAUGCAGAGUUGUCACAGUUUUAAAGGAGGAGCUUGGCUUGGCUUUGCCAACACAUUUUCAUUCCUUUAGUCUAAUACACCCAAUUUGUACCAAAGGUGAUAAGUAAAGAAAGUGGUUCUAUAUAAUUUUUUUCUCUAUCUAGAUCUCGGAGAUUCUUGGAGGUGACAUUAUGUGAUGUUAGAAUUUAUUGUUAACAGUUAAAGGUUUUUGUAAUUGUACUUUCAGGUCUUCGGGAUGUACCUGAUGUGCUGUGGUGGCCGCAGAGUCAUUCAGUGGCAGAAAGGAAUGCUAUUGUUGUUCUGUUACUUAAAUACAAGAUUUCCAGUAUUAA